AUGGCAAAAACUGGUUGUCACGGGAAAGGAAGAAAAGAGAUAAAGGUAGGGAAGGCAUUGGUAGGGGACAUCACCGUAUACCGAACUAUCAAAAAGAGAAAGUUUUGGGCCCUUAACCGAAAAAAAGUAUUGAUAGGGAAACUCCUUGGAGGGGCAGUCUCCCAGCUACGUAUACUAAGGCAAGAAUUCGAACCAACUUCCAACCUGGAGUGGAGCCA